AUGUCCGAUGACGAGAGAGACGAGAAAGAGUUGGAUCUCACCUCUCCUGAUGUCGUAACCAAGUACAAAAGCGCUGCAGAGAUUGCUAACAAGGCUUUGCAGUUAGUUAUUUCAGAAUGUAAACCGAAGGUCAAGAUUGUGGACAUUUGCGAGAAAGGGGAUUCUUUCAUUAGAGAGCAAACUGGUAACAUGUACAAGAAUGUCAAGAAGAAGAUUGAGAGAGGUGUUGCCUUCCCAACUUGCGUGUCUGUAAACAAUACUGUGUGUCAUUUCUCUCCUCUUGCAAGCGAUGAAACGGUUUUGGAAGAAGGGGAUAUUUUGAAAAUUGAUUUGGCGUGUCAUAUUGAUGGGUUUAUUGCUGCUGUGGCUCACACACAUGUUCUUCAAGAGGGGCCUGUUACAGGACGUGCAGCUGAUGUAAUUGCUGCAGCAAAUACUGCUGCUGAAGUGGCAUUGAGGCUUGUUAGGCCUGGAAAGAAGAACCAAGAUGUAACUGACGCGAUUCAGAAGGUUGCUGCUGCCUAUGAUUGUAGAAUUGUUGAGGGUGUUCUUAGCCACCAAAUGAAGCAAUUUGUGAUUGAUGCAAAUAAGGUUGUGCUAAAUGUAUCAAAUCCGGAUACAAGGGUUGAUGAUGCGGAGUUCGAAGAGAAUGAAGUUUAUGCAAUUGAUAUUGUAGCCAGCACCGGAGAAGGCAAGCCGAAACUGCUAGAUGAGAAACAGACAACCAUUUAUAAGAGAGCUGUUGAUAGAAGUUAUAACUUGAAGAUGAAAGCAUCUAGGUUCAUUUACAGUGAAAUAAGCCAAAAUUUUCCCAUCAUGCCUUUCUCUGCCAGGGCUUUGGAAGAAAAGAGAGCCCGUCUGGGUUUAGUGGAGUGCAUGAAUCACGAGCUUCUGCAACCUUAUCCUGUUCUACAUGAAAAAUCUGGUGAUUAUGUUGCACAUAUCAAAUUUACAGUCUUGCUUAUGCCAAAUGGUUCAGAUCGUAUAACGUCACACCCACUCCAGGAAAUCCAGCCUACUAAAAUAGUAGAUGAUCCUGAGAUUAAGGCCUGGUUAGCAUUGGGUGUUAAGACAAAGAAGAAGGGCGGUGGGAAGAAGAAGAAAGGUAAGAAAGUUACUGAAGGUGAAGCCGAAGCUGAUCACAUGGAUACAUCAAACGGUGCCGAUGCUGCAAAACAAGAGCAAAAUUGA